UGUAAAAAGACGACGAAAGCCUCCAUUUGCCAAGGAAAUUACAAUCUUCCCACCCACCCUCUUCUUUGUGUUUCUCGCUCUCUCUCUUUCUCUCUCUAUCUCUCUCUCUCUCUCUCCGUUCAAAAACCCUAGAUCUCCUCCAACAGCUCGCUCCUCUGCUUCAAGACCUAAUGUGGAUGAUGAGGCAUCGGAGAUAGAAAAAAGCCGGAGCCGAAGGGCCUUGUAGUGAUUGUUUCGGUUGGCGUAAAUGCAUUCGAAACGAUCAGGGAACGGCGAUGGGCCGGUACGAACCAGCGACAGGCUCAGGAGGAGGCCCAAGAUGUACGGACGGACCUUCUUGUAUUACACUCCCAACCUCAUUCGCGGUAGGAAGGGUAAGACCAAGACCAGGACUGCGGCCUCUCGUAUUGCCCAGAUGCUCUCUCCUGGGAAUCGACAGCGUGGCAAACCAAACACUAACACCAAAGCAGAUGCAACCAACCUUCGACGUUCUACCAGAAAGCGAAGGGCUUCUGUAAAUCUUGAAGAUUAUACAGACAGUUCUGGUUACGAGGAUGAAGACAUAAUGAGACCUGCAUAUAAAUUGUCAAGGAAUCAGAUUGAUAAUAAUGUGAGUCAAGAUGAGUUAUUGUCUCCUAAGCGAAAAAGGCUUGCGGAGAAUAAAACAACACCACGACGAGAAGGAUUGCGACCUCGUCGUACAAAGGUAGCUGUGAGAGAACAUUUGGAAUUUGAUGAUGAACAAGGUACAUCAGAAGAGAAAGUUGGUCAAGAUGAAACUGAAAAUGGAAAUGAUAUUGAAGACAAUGAUGCAGAUGAUGGCCAAAAUGAAGGCGAGGCUGAGGAUGAAGGUGAUGGUGAUGAUGAUGGAGAGGAAGAUGGUGAUGAUGAAGAGGGUGAAGAAGAACAGGAUGGAAGAAGGCGAUAUGACCUUCGAAAUCGUGCAGAUGUCCGGAGGCUCUCUAUGGAAGAAGGAAAACCAAGACCAAGAUCUCCUCGAAGAGUACUACAUCAAGGAAUGGGGACUAAGGUCAGUAGGGAUGUAAGGAAGGGUGGGUCACGGGUUCAUAAACGCCACCGUAUUACAAGAACUGAAGAUUCUGAUGAUUCACUUCUUGUGGAUGAGCUGGACCAAGGCCCUGCCAUUCCCUGGAGUCGUGGUGGGGGCAGAUCUGGACAACCUUGGCUCUUUGGGGGACUAGACAUGCAUGGGACAGCAGCAUGGGGACUGAAUGUUGCUGCAUCAGGUUGGGGUCAUCAGGGUGAUGCUUUUGCGACCUUGACUUCUGGGAUUCAAACUGCUGGGCCAAGCUCAAAGGGAGGUGCCGAUAUUCAACCUUUACAGGUUGAUGAGAGUGUGAGUUUUAAUGACAUAGGUGGGCUGUCUGAAUAUAUUGAUGCUUUGAAGGAAAUGGUUUUCUUUCCACUACUGUAUCCAGAUUUCUUUGCUAGUUAUCAUAUAACUCCGCCAAGGGGGGUCCUGUUAUGUGGUCCUCCUGGUACUGGGAAAACAUUGAUUGCCAGGGCAUUAGCAUGUGCUGCAUCAAAAGCUGGCCAGAAAGUCAGUUUUUACAUGCGUAAGGGUGCUGAUGUGCUUAGCAAAUGGGUUGGUGAGGCUGAGCGACAAUUGAAGCUGCUUUUUGAGGAAGCACAAAGGAACCAACCUUCGAUCAUCUUCUUUGAUGAAAUAGAUGGACUUGCACCUGUGAGAUCCAGUAAACAAGAGCAAAUUCACAACUCCAUUGUGUCCACUUUGCUUGCUUUGAUGGAUGGUCUUGAUUCUCGAGGACAAGUAGUUUUGAUUGGAGCAACGAACCGAAUUGAUGCGAUUGAUGGAGCCUUGCGUCGGCCUGGUCGAUUUGAUCGUGAAUUCAAUUUUCCUUUACCUGGUUGUGAGGCUCGUGCUGAAAUAUUAGAUAUUCAUACUCGUAAAUGGAAACAUCCUCCCUCUGAUGAUCUGAAAUCGGAACUUGCAGCUAGUUGUGUUGGAUAUUGUGGUGCAGAUUUGAAGGCUCUGUGUACUGAAGCUGCCAUUCGUGCAUUCCGUGAAAAAUAUCCUCAGGUUUAUACAAGUGAUGACAAAUUUCUUAUAGAUGUUGAUUUAGUAAAGGUUGAAAAGUAUCACUUUGUGGGAGCCAUGUCAACCAUUACUCCUGCUGCUCAUAGAGGUGCUGUUGUGCACUCCAGGCCACUGUCAUUGGUAGUUGCACCCUGUCUACAGAGACAUCUACGUGAAGCCAUGAAGUACAUAUCUGAUAUUUUCCCUCCCCUUGCGGUGUCAUCAGAAUUGACAAAGCUUUCUAUGCUAUCAUAUGGUUCAGCGAUUCCUCUUGUAUAUAGGCCUCGGCUUCUUUUGUGUGGUGGUGAAGGUUCUGGACUGGAUCAUCUUGGGCCUGCAAUUUUACAUGAACUAGAGAAAUUCCCUGUUCAUUCUCUAGGGCUUUCAUCUCUACUUUCUGAUCCGAGUGCUAAGACAGCAGAGGAGGCUUUAGUACAUAUAUUUGGCGAAGCAAGAAGAACAACACCAUCUAUACUUUAUUUACCUCAGUUCAACCUUUGGUGGGAGACAGCUCAUGAGCAGCUCAGGGCAGUCCUGCUGAGUUUAUUAGAAGAGUUGCCAUGUGAUUUACCCAUAUUAUUACUUGGGACAUCCUCAGAACCGCUUUGUGAAGUUGAUGCCAUGGCUUCUGCAAUUUUCCCUCACUGUUCUGUCUACCAGGUAGGAGAACCAUCUACUGAAGACAGAUCUUUGUUUUUUGACCGUUUAAUUGAAGCUGCUAUGUCAGUCCUGAUGGAGGGUGUGAUGAAGAAAUCCCAGCAUUCAGCAUCAUCUCUUUCUGAGCUCCCCAAGGCUCCAAAAGUUGCAAGUGGUCCAAAGGCCUCUGAACUAAAAGCUAAGGUAGAAGCAGAGCAGCAUGCACUUCGUCGAAUGCGGAUGUGCCUCAGAGAUGUCUGCAACCGGAUUUUAUAUGAUAAACGGUUUAGCGUCUUCCACUAUCCUGUCUUGGAUGAGGAUGCUCCAAACUAUCGUACCAUUAUUCAGAACCCUAUGGACAUGGCUACUUUGCUACAGCAUGUUGAUUCUGGACAGUAUAUUACAUGUUCAGCAUUCCUGCAAGAUGUUGAUCUUAUAGUUUCCAAUGCAAAGGUCUAUAAUGGAAAUGACUACAAUGGUGCUAGGAUAGUUAGUAGAGCUUAUGAGCUUCGAGAUGCAGUUCAUGGAAUGCUCUCACAGAUGGACCCUGCACUUGUGGCAUACUGCGACAAAAUUGCAGCGCAGGGUGGUCCAAUGCUUAUUCCAGAUGAUUUAGGAGGAUCUACUUUCCCAUCAACACCCGUUGUGCAGCUUGGAACUGUUACUAGAGCAAGUGCUCGACUCCGUAAUGUGCAACCGGAGGUCAAUCUUGAUCAGAGCUACGAGGCACUUAAACGUCCAAAAAAGAAUGUUGAUGCUGCCCAUACAGCUUCAACUACUACAGAAGAGAAGUUACGGCAUCAAGAUCAAGUAAUAGCAAAGUCUUCUCAUGAAUCUGAGACUAAUGAUGACACAAAUCCCGAAAAGCAAGAAACUCCUUUGGCUGAUGGCAAUCAGCAUGAAACUUCUGGAGAAGUUUCUGAUCGUUUCGAUGGGAAUGGAUCUGAUGAUGUUACUAUGUCAGAUGGAGAGAUUACAAAUCAAGUGGAGUCUGUCAAGCAACGAUUUGUGGAUCGAUCUGAAAAUUAUGACAUUCCACAGCUUGAGAGACUUUACACUCGGAUUAUGAAGGGCAUUUUUGAAAUCAAAGACGGGGGAAUUAAAGAUGACCCAAAGGCUUCAGUUUUGAGAUAUUUAUUGAACUUUGCGGAGGAUGAAGCAAAUUUCUGAUUCCCAAAUCCUUCCCCCCAACCCUUUUCAGUCACUAGUUAGUCGAUGUAAAUUCGGGAUCUUCUUUAAAUGCAAAUUUAUUGAGUGAUAGUGCUCUUGGUUUUUUCUCAAUUAGAUUUUACCUGUUUAAGAUGGAUCUGUAUUAUUUCAAUGGCCUAAAAAGAAAUCAAUUAAAAAAAAGAAUUUGAGGGUAAAGGCAAAA